GUGGUAAGAAGAUUGCUGGGCUACGGUUGCACUGUCCACGCAAUGGUUGGCGAUCGGAAGAAAGCCAGAGAGCUCUUUGCACCUAUGAUUGCUUCAAAGUCACCUCUUACUCUUUACGAGGUGGAUCUUGAGGAUCCACGCGAGGUUUCAAAAUUUUCUCGCGGGUUUGUUUUGAGAUGUAUGGAACUUGAUGUGGUUAUUUUAUGCGCUGGAACAAUGUUGGCUCGCCCAAAAAUUGUUGACAACAUUGAGACGCAUAUGAGAGUAAAUGUCCUAUCCCAAGCCCUUCUUCUUCACAUGCUCCAUCCCAUCUUAACUUCUAAAUCCAGAAUUACUGCUUUAAGCUCUUCCACAGCUAGAGUUGCCUUCUUUUCGAGCGCUUUGUUGCAGCAAGAUCCUCUCAGUUAUUAUGUUGGACCUUAUGAGGCGUACUGCUUUUCUAAAUUAGUCCUUUCAAUCUAUGUUGCGGAGCUUUCUCGACAAAGGCACCAUGCAGUCAGCAUGCAUCCAGGCGUUAUACCAGGUACUCUAUAUCGCCACUGCAACAGAUUCGUCAAGUUUGUUACGUACUUCAUAUUGCCAGAAAUUUUGAGGAGCCCGACGUUCAGCGCGCUUUUAGUCUUGCAUACUACAUUACGAGAUGACCAAAUAGCUGGAGCGUAUUACGAGGAUUGUACACCCCAAGACCUAUGCAGUCGAGUAUUGGAAGAAGUGGGUUUUUUGAGAGCAUUUGAGACUUUGCUCUUCGUUCAAUCAAGACUAUGA